GAAUGAGCGACGUACUCUCCACUUUAAGUGUUUUAUCAAAUAAGUAGUAGAUGGCAAAUUGGAAUGACAUUGUUUCCUCCUAACCGUAGUCUAUCCUAACCUGCCAACCUGCUUUCACGCGAGUGACGCCGCCGCUCAGAUGGAUGCAACGGAUGAGAACGGCCGCAGCUCUGAUUGGCUGAAAGUGAAAAGCGAUGCAGUUCAUUGUUGCUAUUCCAAAUCAUCAUGCCAGCAAAACGAAAACUGAAGAGACAUUUGAAUUCUGACGAGAGUCAACCAGAGAUAGGGACUCCAAGAACAACAAAAUAUAGAAGACUUCAACCGAACCAGAAACAGAGAAAAUUGUUCUACAAGAGAUUUCUUUGUACAUCUUCAGUUCCAAGAACAUCCCUUUACAGAAGACAAGUUACUGAAAAGGUAAGUUCAGGAGAAAGAAUUAUUAUCUAGUAAAUGUAGCUAUUUUUAUAUCCCAAUGUUCAACUAUUUGUUUUAGACCACCAAAGCUGCAUUUAAUUGCUCUACAUUUGUCUCAGACUUGUCUUGCAGAUCAUAGUAAUGCAGAUUACCAAGAAGUGGAUGGAGAGAGACAGGAGGACAGAGAGGAAGAUGGUGGAAGUGGACAAGAGGACAGAGAAGAAGAUGAUGGAAGUGGACAAGAGGACAGAGAAGAAGAUGAUGGAAGUGGACAUGACGACAGAGAGGAGGAGGAUGAUGGAAGUGGACAAGAGGACAGAGAAGAAGAUGAUGGAAGUGGACAAGAGGACAGAGAAGAAGAUGAUGGAAGUGGACAAGAGGACAGAGAAGAUGAUAGUGGAAGUGGACAUGACGACAGAGAGGAGGAUGAUGGAAGUGGACAUGACGACAGAGAGGAGAAUGAUGGAAGUGGACAAGAGGACAGAGAAGAAGAUGAUGGAAGUGGACAUGACGACAGAGAGGAGGAUGAUGGAAGUGGACAAGAGGACAGAGAAGAAGAUGAUGGAAGUGGACAUGACGACAGAGAGGAGGAUGAUGGAAGUGGACAAGAGGACAGAGAGGAGGAUGAUGGAAGUGGACAUGACGACAGAGAGGAGCAUGAUGGAAGUGGACAAGAGGACAGAGAAGAAGACGAUGGAAGUGGACAAGAGGACAGAGAAGAAGAUAGUGGAAGUGGACAUGACGACAAAGAGGAGGAUGAUGGAAGUGGACAUGACGACAGAGAGGAGAAUGAUGGAAGUGGACAGGAGGACAGAGAAGAAGAUGAUGGAAGUGGACAUGACGACAGAGAGGAGGAUGAUGGAAGUGGACAAGAGGACAGAGAAGAAGAUGAUGGAAGUGGACAUGACGACAGAGAGGAGGAUGAUGGAAGUGGACAAGAGGACAGAGAGGAGGAUGAUGGAAGUGGACAUGACGACAGAGAGGAGCUUGAUGGAGGUGGACAAGAGGACAGAGAAGAAUAUGAUGGAAGUGGACAUGACGACAGAGAGGAGGAUGAUGGAAGUGGACAAGAGGACAGAGAGGAAGAUGGUGGAAGUAUGA